AUGUCACGCAGGAAGCAGGCUAAACCCCGUGCUUUGAAACCCGAUGGUGACGACGAAGACGGCGAAGUGGGGGAAAAUCCGGAAGCCGGACUAUUGCAUGUCAGCGAUAACAGUGAAAAGGAAAAUGUUAUGCCAGACAAUGGAACCGAAGAGGACGAUGAUGACGGCGAUGAGCCGGAAAGUAGAGAUGAAACUAUCAAGAACGAACUGUUCACCAAUGAAUCGAUCAAUUCCAACGAGUUCGAUGACGAUGACCUAACAUCGGAAAGCUUCUGCUCCGAGUUUUACUCGUCGCACACGUCGUCGAGCUUUUCACCCUCGAUAUCGGAUGGCAUGACGACACCGAACUCGACCACAAACGACGCCGAUGCUGCCGGAGUGCUGCUAGCGAACGGCGAUUCCGGUGCCACCGAGAGCGGGCCCACGGCCGGCGACAAGUACCGCUCCGAGAAGCGCAACCGCGUCGACAAUAAUAAUAAAAUAAUUAAAAACAACAAUCAUACUAAUAGCCACAGCAAGAAUAAUGACGGCACUUAUCGCUGUCAGUUCUGUGAUAAAACGUUUCCACGUCUUGGUUACUUGAAAAAACACGAACAGAGCCAUACCGAACAUAUGCCAUUCAAGUGUGAAUACUGCGCUCGUUUGUUCAAACACAAGAGGUCAAGAGAUCGCCAUACCAAGCUGCAUACGGGAGAUCGACGAUACCGGUGCCCACACUGUGAAGCGGCUUUCUCAAGAAGUGACCAUCUGAAAAUCCACAUGAAAACCCACGACAACCAAAAACCAUUCCAAUGCACUAUCUGCAAUCGUGGCUACAACACGGCGGCCGCUCUCACCAGCCACAUGCAGAACCACAAGAAACAGAUCGCCCUAACCGGCAGCCCGAACCUGACGUACAGUCCUCGCUCGACCAGUUCCUUGUCCAGCAGUGCUUCCAAUCCGAAGCGAAAAUUUUCGCCAUACGAGCAAAACCUCAUGAUGAUUAACCGCUCGAAGCUGCUGAAAUCCGGCGAACUGACAUGCAUCUACUGCACACGGUCCGAUUUUGCCAAUGUCGAACAGCUCGGUUCGCAUGUACAAACCAAGCACAGCAAUCUGCUGCUAAACGAAAACAACUUCCAUCGGCAUGCCUCGCCGGACGCGAUGCUGGCCUAUCCUCCCAUUGCCUGCGAGUUCUGCACCAUGAAAUUCCCAACGGUUCCGAUGAUGUUCAGUCAUCUUAAAACAACCCACUUAGACAGGAUCAACAGUCCCAAUAGCUAUUUAGAACAGUUCAAUAAAAAUCUCAUGAGCACAUACACUUCAUUCUACGGAGCUACAUUAUUCGAUGAUAAGCAGGAAGCCGAAGGCCGUUCCGCAGCCACAGGCGAGAGCCUGACCAAUCAGAAGAGUAUACGUGAUGAAAACGGAAAUGAUAAACUGGCAGCCGAUGUUGAUGCGAAAGCCAUCAAGCAGGAGAAAAAGGAUGAAAACGACAACUCUCAGGAAGCGCAAGAGCAGUUGGCACCCACAGACCUGAGCCAGCCUAGCAUAAAACGAAUGAAAAUGGAAACCGAGAACCAGUCGUCGUCCAGUCGAGAUGAUAGGGAAAGGGAUAGUUCGCACAAUGCCCCAAGCUCCGUUCUGCCAGCCUCACCGGGAGCAUAUCUUUGCAAUCAAUGUAACGCCGCCCUGCCAGACUUCGAAUCGUUCCGAACGCAUCUGAAGGCUCAUCUUGAGCAGGGUUCGAGCGGUUCGUCCUUCGGCUGCCAGCAGUGUGGUGCCGCACUAGGCGAUCAUCAGGAUUAUGAAAAGCAUAUGACCAGCCAUUAUCUUGUAACCGGCACGGAGUACCAGUGUGAAUCCAGUUGCAAUAAAAUAUUCACCAAACCGGACGAGCUGCACAAGCAUCUGUACGAUUCACACACGCAGGUGCUGUACAAGUGCGUCCUGUGUAGCGAAAAUUUCGACAGUAAAGUGACGAUUCAGGUGCACUUUGCGGUGGCUCACUCCACCGAGACCAAGCUGUACCGGUGUUCGGCCUGUGCGGAGGUGUUCCGAUCGGAGCAGGAAUUUAGGCAUCACAUUCGCACUCGGCACAUCUCAACAGGGGUUGUCCAGUGCGUUUUCUGUCGAGUUGUCUGCUCAUCUGAACUGGAAAUGCAAUUUCAUUUAGCGGCACAUGCUAGAAAGUUCAAGUGCCCAGCUUGCCCGGAAACAUUCCACGUGGAAUUUCUUCUGGAUCGACACAUGCAAACUCAUCACAGCCAGAAAGAGAUUUCCAACGCUGCGGCGGCAGCUAUUUCGAGCAGCAAAAGCAAUGGCAGCAGCAGCAACAGUAGUAGCAACCUAGAAUAUCUGCAGUUGCAUGGUCAAAUGGCAGCGGCCGCCGUGGGCUGGCAAAAUCUGUACGCCACCAAUAAAUUCUACAAUCCAUUGCACGUCGAUACCCUUAAUCCGAUGAAACAUCCAACAUUCCUGCAUGGCUUUUACGACAGCUUGAACAAGUCUCAAACUCAGCGCUAUUUACAGCAAGCCAAAAAAGGCUUUACUAGCCCGAACCAUGCCAGCCAGUCGAAAGCGCUACUAAAUCUGUACAGUCAACGAUCGGCGACUAUGAAUGGACUUUAUUCACCGGACAAACUAACAUCUGGAGGAGGAACUAGCAGCCAAGCUGCUAACCCUUCCAACUCAACCGUUUCAACUAAAACUCAAAAUUUUUCUCCAACAACUAUUUUGCAUCGAUAUGGACUUAAUCCGCCCGUCCCUGCACCGGCAACAAGCAAUAGUAAUUCGGUCAAUCAAGCGGAAAAAUCUGCUGCUGCAAUGAAUACUAAAAAUAGCAGUGGCACAAACUAUUACAGUUGUGGGAUCUGCGAAAGAAACGAUUUUGGAACGGAAAAUGAAGUUCAAACUCAUCGGAAAAUCGUUCAUAACCUUAAAACCGGGGUUAGUCUACGCUGCGCCUACUGCAGUGGCGACUUUCGAUCGAGGAACGAAUUGGAGAACCACAUGAAAAUCACCCAUAACACCGGUGGCAAACACAAAUGCUUGAUAUGCGAUGAAAUUUUUCCUUCGCCAGCGGUCUUAGCAGAGCACAAAUUAACACACUGCAAAGUUGGAGCGUCCGGACGUUGCUCACACUGCCAGACCACACUCCCUGACGCACACAGCUUCAAAACUCAUCUCAUGCAGAACCAUCAACCGACAGCGACCAACUCUGGUGGCAACUCUUGCCCGGCUUCCGGUGGUUGCACCAGCACAAACACCUCGUCCGCACAAGAGCAGGACCGAUUUCCUAUAUGUUGCAUUUGCUGUCGACAGACCCUCAACUCGGAAUUUGAAAUCAAUUUGCACGCAAAAUUCCACACAAAGACAAUCGAAAUAAACGAGAAAACUUGUGCACUGUGCUUGGAACCGUUGGCCCCGAAUCAGAAUGGUAAAAUUUGCGAGAUGUGUUUGAAGCGGCACAAUUUCCCCUCGAAGUUGCUCUCGAUUAACAACUUCAUCAAACAGCAGCAACUGAUGCCGCCUCAUCCACCCCAACAUUCGGAUCAGCCAAGCUCGACCCAGUGUAACCUGUGCAAAAAACCUUUCACCGAUGGUCAAAAGCUGCAAGAGCAUCUGAUCGAUCAUACCUUUGCCGGUUGUGAGGAUCGCGGUUACAUCUGCUAUCUCUGCUCGUCCGUUUUCACCUCAUCUGCUGGUCUGCAAAUACACGUCAUCGAACACGGACCGCAAGCCAAACCCUAUGACUGCAGUCACUGCGAGGAAGCAUUCUUCUUCCGCGCUGAACUCGAACAUCAUGUCAUUGAUCAUGAGUUAGGAAAAAUUCUCGUGGCAACUUCUACUAACGAAGACGAAGCACGAGAAGACACGGGCUCGACCCACAUUAAGUCGGAAAUCGUUGAACGAACAUCCCAAGAAGCGGACAACAAUCCGACAAGAACCGAUACAAGGACCGAAACACCCAGCGCAGACAGUCAACAUAGUGAUAACGAGCACUAUUCGGAGCACGACAACGCUGAAGGAGAGGACGAUGAAUACAUUGAAGUCGAGCACCAUGUCGAAGACAGUGGAAAGCAACCGAUCCUACCGGAGCAAGAAUACGAUAGACCUGAAUCAGAUUAA